GAGUAGUAGAGCAAAUGUUCGAUGAACACUGGCCUGUGUGUUGACCAAGUUUCGGGGUAAACAUGGACGAAUAUGACGAGCUCUUCCACACGGAGGACACUUUUGAGGAGCAGUAUGCCGACGAGCUGGAAGCCAUGGCGGAGCUGGAGGAAGAGACGUCACAACCCCAGAAGCCUCGGAGACGGCAGGACGACAUCUCUGACAUCCAGCACCUCCUGGAGGAGCAGCGCACCACUCCGAAAGCCAAGCGACAGAAACAGGAGCUCGGCGUUGUGAAGCAGCUCUUUCAAUUGCCCGGGUCCCAGGAGAGCGCAGAUCCAGGUGGCGGUGACGACAUCACGCCGCCGUCUUCUCCAGAACAAUAUGAGCGUCCUCCAACAGUCAGGUCCGCGUCGGUGCUGGACAUCAGCGGCUUUGCCACCAUCCCAGAGACUCCACGGCGACCGACGGCAGUUGGGGACCCCAGAGCCCUGCGGAGGCCCCCUCCAGAGGGAGACUACGUCAGCGUGACGGACGCGGCGGGAACCCGGGUCUACCUGCGGCAGAAGGACGAAGCCACCAGCCAGGUUGUGGACUCCAGACUGGUUCCGAACGCCGCGGGCGGUCUGGGUCUUCUGGCCGUGCCCAUCUCAGUGCUGCGGGAGCAGGAAGCUGAGAAGCGCCAUCAGCAGGUGGUAGAGGAAUCUCAGCGACUCACGGAGCUGCUCAACAACAGUGUGAACGGGCUGUUGGCUGCACCUGAAGAAGAAGAGGAGGAGGAGGAGGAGGAGAGUGGAGACACCGAAGGGCGGAGCUCUCGUCUGUGGGUCGACAGGUUUUCUCCUCGCCAGUACACGGAGCUGCUCAGCGACGACUUCACCAACCGCUGUCUGCUCAAGUGGCUGAAGCUCUGGGACACGGUGGUUUUCGGGAGAGAGAGGAAGUCCCGUCCCCCGAAAGCUGACAGACAGGUCAGCAACCAGACGUCCUUCAGACCCAACCUGAGCCACCCCAGCCAGACGCGCUUCAAGAGCAAGAUGGAGAUGACGGAGGAGAUCCUGGAGGCCGAGCUGGACCAGCACCGGAGACCCAAAUACAAGGUGGCGAUGUUGUCUGGGCCGCCAGGCCUGGGGAAAACCACCCUGGCGCACGUGAUAGCAAAGCAUGCCGGCUACAACGUGGUGGAGAUCAACGCCAGCGACGACCGCAGCGCCGAAGUCUUCCAGAAACGCAUCGACACGGCGACGCAGAUGAAGUCGGUUCUCGGCGUCAACGAGAGACCCAACUGCCUGGUCAUCGAUGAGAUCGACGGAGCGCCGGCGGCCGCCAUCAACGUCCUGCUGGCCACGCUCAACAGGAAGGAGGGCCAGAGGAAGAAGGAGUCGCUGCUGCUGAGGCCGAUCAUCUGCAUCUGUAACGAGCUGUACACGCCGGCCCUUCGACCGCUGAGGCAGCAGGCCUUUCUGCUCACCUUCCCACACACGCAGCCCCAGCGCCUGGCUCAGAGGCUGGCCGAGAUCGCCCUGAAGCAGGGCAUGAAGGCCGACACCGGAACGCUGAUGGCGCUGUGUGAGAAGACUGACAACGACAUCCGGUGCUGCAUCAACACGCUGCAGUUCCUCCACGGACGCGGCCUCAAGCAGCUGAACACCACCAGCAUCCAGAGGGCGUCGGUGGGCCAGAAGGACCAGAACAAGGGUCUGUUCCACCUGUGGCAGGAGGUCUUCCAGCUGCCCCGGACCAAGCGGAAACGCAUUGGCGGCGACGGGCCAGAGUCUGGGGGCGGAACUCAGAGGUUCCAGCACGUCCUGCACUUGGCUUCUUCCAGCGGCGAGUACGAGAAAGUCUCUCAGGGUCUGUAUGAGAACUACCUGUCUAUGCGCGUCAGGGACCCCCACAUGCACAGCGUGUGCGCCGCGCUGGACUGGAUGGCCUUCACCGACCGGCUCAACAACGUCAUCUUGCACGGACAGAACUUCUCCCUGAUGAGAUACCUGCCCUUCCUGUCUGUCUCCUUCCACUUCCUGUUUGCCCACACCAGCGUGCCUCGCAUCAGCUACCCGCACAGCCACCACGAGGCCUCCUCUCGGCUGCUCAGCAGCAACAACGCGCUGCUCACCCUGCUGGCCGACAUCCCGCCCUCCAUCCGCAGCAGGGUCGGCCGCCACCACCUGACGCUGGACGUCCUCACGCUGCUGCUGGACAUCAUCUGCCCCAAGCUGCGACCGGUGAACCCUCAGCUGUUCAGCAGCAGGGAGAAGGAGCAGAUGAGGGAGCUGAUCGACACCAUGCUGGCCUACAACCUGUCCUACCGGCAGGACCGCACCCCCGAGGGCCAGUACACCUACGUGCUGGAGCCGCGUGUGGAGGAGGUGGUCCGGUUCCCGGGUCUGCCCCCCCGCCGUCAGCUGACCUACCAGGCCAAGCAGACCAUCAGCAGAGAGAUGGAGCAGGAGAAGAUGAGGAGAGCGGAGCAGAUGCUGCUGCAGAGGAACCCGCCGCAGGUGACGGCAGCAGAGAAGAAGAAGGCGGGACCCCAGCAGAGCCUCAACCACCAGCAGAGGCUGGAGGCCAUCGUCAGACGGACCACUGUGGAGAGCAGGCCGGAGGUGGACUUCUUCGGCCGAGCCGUCGCCCCCAGACCCGCCCGGGAGAGGAGCUGCCCGGACUCAGGCCCCCGCAGCCACGAGCCCUCGGCGGGGAAGGCGGUCGGCGACAGCGACGUGUGGUUCCGCUUCAACGAGGGAAUGUCCAACGCCGUGCGGCGCCACGUCUACGUGCGGGAACUGCUGUGACACCACGCCAGGCCAGCAGGGGGCGGCAAACAGUCUUUAUUGGUGCUUACAUGACUCGGUCUCGAUAAAUAAACAGUGGCGGGCAGCGUGGCUUCCUCCGUGCGCGUGCGCGCCCCCGUUACAGGAUCGCGCACUUGCCCUUCUCCACCCAGGGGUUGGCCCUCAUCAGCUCGGGGUUCAGGAAGGGGUCCUCACAGACGCAGCCCUCGAUCCACUUCACCAGCCUGCGAACACGCACGCACCAGGGUCAGCGAUGGAGGCGCGGCUUCGGAGCUCAGAUUUGUUUAUUCCUGCCAGUGUGUGUGUGCGCGCGCUCUUGGCCGUCUGUCUUUGUGAGGACCUGUGAGUUUUGGUCAGCACAGUGAGGUCCUCACUUCGUUCAGCCGCACUGUUGAAACGACAAACUCACUGGCAGAUGCGGUGAUGGCCAUGACAGGUCCUCACAAGGACAGAGACGCUUGUGUGUGUGUGUGUGCGCGCGACUCACUCGGUCACCGUGAUGGAGGACUUCUCCCUGUUGAUCGCCAGCUGGUACUGAAGACUCUCCACUUCUCUCCUCAUCUGAGGGACGUCCAGCUCGUCCAUGGCUCUGCACACACACACACGCACAGAGGGGACCGUGACUCAGCGUCCCGGCUAGCCGGGGUCGCGGCCUGACCGCAGGCGCGAGGCCCGGAAACGGACGG